AUGGUGGUAUUUCCAAAAGGGUCUCCUCUAGUUGCUGAUGUCUCUCGGGCGAUAGUCAGUCUAAUAAAAAAUGUCAAGAUUUUACAACUUGAGAGACAGUGGCUUAAAAACCCACCAUGUAUUGUCAGCGGUAUCUCCUCAAGCGGCCUCACCUUGAACAGUUUUGAAGGCCUUUUUGCUAUAAGUGGUGUUAUAGCAAUGUGCCUUGUUAUAUUCUUAGUUAUAUACCUCUACAAGAACAAAGAUUUUCUUCAGAGAAUAUCAAGUUCGAGCACAAACACUUGGUCAAGAAUACUUGAAUUAUGCAGACAUUUUGACAAGAAAGACCUUACUUCCUACCCCUUUAGGAUGAACCGAGGCACCCAAGAUCAGUUUCAGGAAGUGAAUGAUGUUGGUGUUUCAUCAGAACUCAGCGAUUCACCAAAUUUACCAAUACAUUCUCACUCUAUUAAUAGAAUAGUUCCUCUCCCAGAAGAAGAGGAAGAGAGAGGUGCAGAUAGAAUAUGUCCUAUUCCAGUUUCGGAAGCAGAAGAAGAAGAAGAAGAAGAGGAGAGAGAUGAACUUGAAAUCAACAUCGUUUCAAACCCAUUAUAUAUUGCAGCAACAACGACUACCUGUGGAUAA